GGAAUACUCUGGCUCCAGAGGUUCCAGAGGCAGCCCAGCCCAGGACAAGACUCUCUUUACUGUCCUGGUUAAGGAAAUGGUGGCAGCCUUUGAGCAGGAAGCCCAACAGAUCAACCAGCCCUGUCUUAUGGUCACCGCGGCCGUUGCCUCAGGACUUUCCAACAUCCAGGCUGGCUACCAGAUUCCUGAGCUUGGGAAGUACUUGGACUACAUCCAUGUGAUGACUUAUGAUUUCUAUACCUCUGGGGAUGGACAAGCUGGGGAGAACAGCCCUCUCUACAGUAAUGGUAACACCUACCUCAGUGUUGAAUAUGUUAUGAACUAUUGGAAGAACAGUGGUGCUCCAGCUGAGAAGCUCCUUGUUGGAUUCCCAACCUAUGGACAUACCUUUGACCUCCAAAGCCCAUCUGAUGCUGCUGUUGGGGCACCAACAUCAGGCCCUGGGCCAGCUGGACCUUACACAAAGCAGGCUGGGUUUUUGGCUUACUAUGAGAUCUGCACAUUCCUGAACUCUGGAGCCACCCAGGCUUGGGAUGCCCCCCAGGACAUGCCCUAUGCCUACAAGAGCAAUGAGUGGGUUGGCUACGACAACAUCAAGAGCUUCAACAUCAAGGUUGACUGGCUGAAGAAGAACAAUUUUGGAGGUGCUAUGGUUUGGACCCUUGAUCUGGAUGACUUCACUGGCUCUUUCUGCCAGCAGGGCAAAUACCCCCUGAUCACCACCUUGAAGAACAGUCUUGGUGUGCAGAACAGUAACUCGGUGACUGCAGCUCAGCCCAGCGCUCCUGUCACUGAGCCUCCCUCUAACACGGGUGGAAGUAAGAGCGGGGGCUCUAGUGUUAGUGACUUCUGUGCUGGCAGGGCCAAUGGCCUCUAUGCAGAUCCAGCCAGCCAGAGAAGCUUCUACAACUGCGUGGAUGGAGAAACCAUUGUGCAGAGCUGUGAGAGCAAUCUUGUCUUUGAUACCAGCUGCUCCUGCUGCAACUGGCCGUGAAGAUGCCAAUCCUGUUACAGCAAACAGGCUCCUCUGAGCUAAUGGAAUAA